AUGAAACUGGUCUUGGCCUACUGGGACAUCAGAGGGCUUUGCGAGUCAAUUCGUCUCUUCCUCCGUUAUCUUGGGGAGGAUUUUGAAGACAAACGAUACAAGUGCGGUCCUGGUAACGCGUUCAUUCAGCAUUUAUUCUCAUUUGUUCAGCCCCAACGUUUGAUCUCACUACCGUAUUUGAUAGAUGGGGAUUUUAAAUUGACCCUAUCCACUGCAAUCCUUGAAUACAUUGCUGAAAAACACGGAAUGGUUCCGGCUUGUCCAAAGAUGCGUGCAGUAUUGCAUAUGAUCCUUGAAAUGACCAAAGAUCUCCGCUGCUAUUUCGCUAUGAUGUGUUAUAGUUCUGAUUUCGAGAAGUUGAAGCCAGAGUUUCUGGAGAAACUGCCUGAGAAAUUGGGACACUUUGAGAAGUACUUGGGAGAAAAACAGUGGUUGACUGGCGACAAGAUUAACUAUCCAGAUUUCUACCUCUGUGAAUUAUUGAACCAACUGGUUAAGUUUGAACACUCGUGCCUCGACAAACACCCGAAGCUGAAGGCCUACCUUUGCCGCUUUGAGAAUUUGCCGAAGCUCAAGGACUACAUGGCCUCGGAUGAGUUCAAGUCGCGUCCGUGCAUGUUUUUCACGGCCAAGUGGGUGGGAGACUGCUGA